UGACGGUUGACCGAGUCGGGUUGGAACAGGUGGAACAGUUCCUUCUUUUUUUCGCGGUAGUUUUGUAGUUCUAAAUAGAAAGACUUAAACAUUGUAGAGUUUAACAGGCCAGUGUAAGAGAAGGGAAAGUUGCGGAGAGUUAAUGAAAUCAGUGCUGAUUGAUGAAUGAGAUGCAGCAGCAAGUGGAGACUGUCCUCGGAGGAUGAUGGUCAACAGAGAAGCCGGAACCGGACCUGCUGCAGCGUUGUUGCUCUGUUGUGUGUAACUUUGUGAUUUAUACGUUGUUGAGAGUGGAACUGGAUAUGAGAUGAAAGAGGUGCAGGUGAAGCAGAAGCACCAGAACGGAUUAACUACAGAAGAGGCAACGCUCGAAGUCCCAGCAGCGGUGAACAUGGACGAGCAGCACAGCAGCCAGGACGGUGACAUCCAGUACGAUCGACUCAAGCACGCAGAUCCGGAAGCGCUGAUGCGCCAUCUGUACUACGAUUGCAUGCAGAACGGUUCCGGCAGAGCGUCCUCGCUGGAGCAAGCUGCCCUCAAAAGUUACGACACCAAUCAACCUCAGGAUUUACACGACCAGCAGCAGCAGCAGCAAUUAUUCUGUCCGCGGCGUUUCGACGGGUGGACCUGCUGGGAUGCGCAACCUGCCGGGACCGUGGCCGAGAAUUACUGUCCCAAUUUCGUGCUGGGCUUCGACGCCAAUCGGCUGGCGUUCCGAGUAUGCAACACCAACGGUUCCUGGUUUGUGCAUCCGGAAUCUGGCCGGGAAUGGUCCAACUACACCAACUGUGUCGAUUUGGAGGAUAUGAAGUUCCGCCGUCUGGUGAAUGAUUUAUACAUCGGUGGCUACACCAUCUCGCUCGUAACGCUCAUCGUAUCGCUGUGUGUCUUCUUUAGCUUUAGGACUCUGAAGUGCACCCGCAUCCGAAUUCACAUCAACUUGUUCAUCUCGCUCGCGCUCAGCUGCAUCUUCUGGCUCGUGUGGUACAAGCUGGUCGUCGAGCAGCCGGAAGUGACCCACCGAAGUGGGAACUGGUGCAUUUCGUUGCACAUUCUGCUGCACUAUCUGAUGCUGGUGAACUACUUCUGGAUGUUCUGCGAGGGGCUCCAUUUGCACCUGGUGCUGGUAAUAGUUUUCAUUAAAGAUGCAAUUGCGAUGCGCUGGUUCAUGACAAUCGGCUGGAUCGUCCCGAUGGGCCUAAUCUCCUUCUACGCAACCUUCCGGAACAACUAUACAGCCGAUACUGAGCACUGCUGGAUGGACGAAAGUCACGCCAUGUGGCUGCUGACGGUGCCGGUGUUUCUGUCGCUGGCCGCCUCGCUCGUGUUCCUGGUCAACGUGGUCCGGGUGCUGCUGACCAAACUCAACUCGACCUCGCCCAACCCGGCCCCGCUCGGGCUCAAGAAGGCAACCCGGGCGACGCUCAUACUGAUUCCGCUGUUUGGCUUGCAGCACAUCCUGCUGCCGUUCCGUCCGAACAAGGGCUGCGAGCUGGAGCGCUACUACCAGGUCGUUUCGGCCGUCCUGAUAAGUCUGCAGGGCGCGUGCGUGUCAUGUUUGUUUUGCUUUGCCAACCACGACGUGAUUUUCGCCAUCAAGUGCCAGCUGAGCCGGUUCAUCCCGGACCUGGUGCAGCAUCCGUUCCGCGAGAGCUACAACGGCGGCCAGGUGCAAACGCAGAGCCGCGACAUGAUGGUAUGACUGUUGGGAUUCCGGCGCGGGACGCGAACCACCGGCGACGGUGACGAGUGUGGUGCUGCCGUCCAGGAGGGGCACGUUUGAGGGAGGAGGGAGUACAAAGGCAUUGCAUUUACUAAUAGAGAGACUAACUAACUUUACAAAUCAUGUGUAAAUCGAUGGAUUACAAGUACGUGUCGGUCAGUGUUAAACAGUAUCAAAGAGAGAUUUUAUCGGAUUUAACUAAGUUGUCCUGUUAAGGUAAGCGAAUGGUUUCUAUUUGUACCAGAGAUUAAGUAUGAAAUUUGAACAUUAAAUG